AUGAGAAAAGAAAUUAUUGAAGUUGAGAGGACAGAUGAGUUCGACCCUGAAUCAAAGAAGGAGCCAGUUAACAAGAGAUGGGUGAUUGCUAAGAUAGAUCUAUUUGUAUUAUCUUUUGUAUGCUUGCAAUAUUGGAUCAACUAUGUUGACCGUAUCGGUUUUACAAACGCCUACGUUUCCGGAAUGAAGGCUGAUUUGAAGAUGGUGGGGAAAGACCUCUCGAUUGCCAACACAUGUUUUACAGUAGGAUAUGUGGUCGGCAUGAUUCCUCAUAAUUUAAUCUUAUUGAAAGUUCCUCCUAGAAUAUGGCUCAGUUUUUGCACAUUUGCAUGGGGUAUUUUAACGCUAGGAAUGUAUCAUGUGACUCAUUUCCACCAAGUAUGUGUUCUAAGGUUCUUUCAGGCUCUAUUCGAGAGUUGCACAUUCUCAGGAACCCAUCUAAUACUUGGUUCCUGGUAUUUAGAAAAGGAGUUGCCUAUAAGAAGUGCAAUUUUCACCAGCAGUGGUCUUGUGGGGUCAAUGUUCAGUGGCUUCAUGCAGUCUAGUAUCUUCCAUCAUUUGAACGGUAGAAAUGGCUUGGCGGGCUGGAGGUGGUUAUUCAUAAUAGACUUCUGCAUUACGAUACCUAUAGCCCUCUAUGGUCUUUUAUUCUUUCCAGGUAUGCCAGAAUCUACCAAUGAUAAUUCAAGGUUAUCCAUGACUAAAGUGAUUUUCAAUGAGCAUGAAUUGCAAUACGCAAGAAGAAGACUACCGCCUCGUGACGAGACUACUAGCCUAGACAGAAGUGUGGUAUUUAGAGUCUUGAAGAGGUGGCAUUGGUGGAUGUUUUCACUCGUGUGGGUGCUUGGUGGGGAGAAUUUAAGUUUUGCAUCAAAUGCCACAUUUGCCCAAUGGCUCCAGCAUCAGCAGUAUAGCAUUACUCAUCGUAAUAACUACCCAUCCGGAAUAUAUGCUGUAGGUAUUGUGUCAACUGUUGCGUCUGCAGUGUAUAUGACUAAGUUUCGCAAAGCACGCAACUGGCACAUUGCCGUUGUGAUUGCCGUGGUAAUGUGUGUAGUUGCAAUUAUGAUUAGAGUUAAGCCAAUGGAUCCACAUGUACAGUUUGCAGCACAGUAUCUAGGCGGUGUAGCAUAUGCUGGUCAGUCUGUAUUUUUCUCCUGGGCUAAUGUUGUAUGCAGAGAUGACUUACAAGAACGUGCUAUUGUGUUAGCUUCCAUGAACAUGUUUUCUGGUGCAGUGAAUGCAUGGUGGUCAAUUCUUUUCUACUCCUCCGCAAUGGUACCAAAGUUCCAGCGAGGAUGUUAUGCAUUAAUAGCUACAAGUGUGGCCAGCGGUAUAGUCUCUAUACUCAUCCGCUCCCUACAUAUUCGCAGCCAGGACAAGAAGAAGGAAAUAGGAUACAUUGAUGCUAAUGAUAUUUACGAUGACGAAGAUGAUGAAGAAGCAGAUAUUUAG